AUUCUGCAUAAGAGAGUCGAUGGAACUCGAUCUUCCAUGAAAUCGAAUUGCAACAUGGUUUUCUCUACGUGGUCGACAAGGGACGAAUGUCAAUGCACACGCCGCUCAGUUAUUGUAUUCCGGAGCCGCAAGUUGCUCCUCCACAUCGAGAGGACACCCUAGCUGUCCACCGGGUGGAAUGCGAACGAGCGGAGAUACAAAACUCUGAGACAACGCACCAGACAUAUCAGAUACGUAUAGAAGGAUCGGGUGUAGUCGAAACUCUUUUGCGUGUUUAGGUAACUACGUAGAAAGCGUCCGGAGAUUUAUCCUCGUGGAAAGUGAGCACAAUUAUCUCACGUGGCGCAAAUUUUUAAUGACUUAAUCAGCAUUGUGCAUCUUUUAGCUAGGUUCUUAUUUUAUAUUUUUUUUUUUAUAGUUUUGUUUAUCACGUUCUUUCUCCAUAUUACACUUUGUUUACUUUGUCUUUCUUUGUUUUUAUUACAGGCGUUACAGAAGCAGCUCAGCUGAUGUCUCAUCGUUGCACAUGCACUUUUUUUUCAGAUAUUUAACUUUUUCUUUCAACGAUCGUUAUUUUUUCUAUCCGUGGCGAUAACGAAUUUUAUUGUUUCUUUAUAAAUAUGCAAUACACGACGUUGCGAUUAAUCGAAAUCACAAGGCGACAUAAACUGCAAUUGGAUGCCACUUUAAAAAAAAAGAUCGUUACUUUUUAAUUAACGAUAACAGUUAUGCGUUACUUUUAUAAAGUAACGUUGCCAACCCUGUCAUCAUUAUAUACGAAAUAAUUUUGAAAAAAAAUCCUUAAAAGAAUCGUUACUUCUAGGCUAGGUUCAUUAACGUGACUAUUUCAAGACAAUAAUUUAGAAUAAAAGCUUUACAAAGGUGUAACGCUCUUAUUAGUGCAUUUAAUUGUAAGUUGAUACACAACAGACGAGAGGCCGCGACGCGGGAAAUUCCGAGUUUACGUGGGAGAAUCUGUCGCCUACAGCUUCGCGAAAAAUCGUUAAUAGCGUAGCUCGGUAUUGCACCUGACGCCUCACAAUGCUCCGAGUUCUAGUAGAACGCAAAUCUGAAUUAGAACCGUAUCAAUGCAAUUUCUAUCACGCUAUUAAUAGUUACUUACGUUCAGCAUUUAUCAUGGCAGGCUAAUAUGUAAAUCGCGCGCAAUUUAUUUAUUUAUAUAGAACAUCUAAAAAGUCUGUUCCAUUCCCUAUAUUUCGAAAACUGUUCAAAAUUAUGAAAGACCGCCAAGUACGUGUUCACGCAUUUCGAUACUCUUUUAUGCGAGUUGGGAGAUAGAGUAGUCCCUCGAGAUGAUCGAACACGUACGCGAUUUUUCACGAUUUCGAAUCAUUUUCAAAAUAAAGGGGAUAUAAGGAUUUUUAAAUAUAUUAAAAUAUUUUAAAAAAUAGAAGAUUAUACGAGAGCAAAAAAACAUGUACAUGAUCUUUUUGCUAAGUUUAACAAAAUACGAGCAGACAUGUGAAAAAUUAUUCCAAGGAAGAUUUCCGACGUCUGUGGGACGUAUGAGUAGUUCCACAUACAUGUGUGAUAUCGCAUAAAUUGUAUACAAUUUACUGUAUAUUUUAUCUACACAUAAAUUGUCCACUACUUUUUUUUUACUUGCCGUACAUUCCACCUAAAUUUAUAGACAAGUAAAACGACACGUAUCACACCAGCAUGAGAUCUUAAUAACGACGUAAAUUACUCAGCGUGUAAUGAUAAAAGUCAUACGAGGACUGAAAUAAAGAUUAAAAAAUUGCUUUCGUACAGUAUAUUUUCCAUGCAAUAAUUAAACAAAUAUUGUUUAAUUUUUUUUUAUGUCACAAAUUGUCAGUUAUGGAAACAAAUUAUAAUUUUUAAUUAAAAAUUAUAAUAAAAAUACAAAGAGAAUAUGUUAAAACUGCGAAUAUGACACAAACCAUAAAAGAUUAUCUUUCACGUAAUUCCAAUUGAUAUUUCUGUAUUUUAUUAUUAUACAUAAAUUAUUAUUAUUAUUACUUCCGUACAUGGCUUAUCUUGUUUAUCAGAUAUUAGAUAUCUGUUAUUAUUGUCGUUAUUUAUAGUAUAGUAUUAGAUCACAUGUUAUAUAUUUCAUAUCUCAGAAAGAUCAAAAUUGUCUCAUAACGCCUCACGUUAUGCAGGGCAACUCAUGCAACUUGCAUCAUGCCCCCCCCCUCUCUCUCUCUCCAUCCUCCCCCACGAAAGCAACAAGUUUGACCUCGCGUUAUGUAAGUUUGUCCACCAAAAUCGUGAAAUUUUUAUUCCAUGCGUAUCGAAUGAGAAUGUGCGCCGCAUCGCGAUUCCGCGCCCAGGGUGCGGUAAGGGCAGCGAUGGGGCGGCGAGAGAGGGUAAGUUACGCGUCGACGUAUGAUUUCUCUGGCGCCCCAUGAAACGCGCAUGGCAGCUGGAACGGCGCGUAUUUAAGGGCUGAUCUCCGGCUGUUCUCGCCACUGUCACACGGUUCUCGCACGGGCCUCUCGCCGGCCACCCUACGCGGCGCUCGCCCUCGCAACCCUUCGUCUCCUUCAUCGCCGAGAGCCGUCGUCCACGUCUACGUCCGCGACACUCGACGACGAUCUCCACACGAUCUUCUCGUCCACGUCCACUUGGUCCAUCUCGCGCGCCACUCCGCGGGACAUCCCCCCCAAAACAUUAUCGCAUCGUCACCACUGUUCUACCACCGGACGUCUGUCAGAGCUUCAGAGGUCAUUCACGGAGCAUCGGGGCUUACUUCAUCCCCCUUGCGAAUUUCGCGGUUCCGCUUAUAGGACAACAGCCAACUCACAGUCUGACAGUGCGAUAACGUGCGGUAAAAGGGGUGAACGAGGAGCGACGAAGCCGUAGAGGUCCUCUGCUUUCGCGAUACUGACGAUCUCUUCUCGACAACCAUCUUCUUUGCUAUCUUUGCGCCAGCCCAAAAAUGAUGAGCUCGUCGCUAAUGAUCCUCGUGUUCGUCACGACAAUGGCUGUCCUGUCCGGCGAAGCUCUCGCGUUGCCUCCUCAAUGCAAUUCGGAACUCCUCGACGAGCUUCCGCCCAGACUGCGUAAAAUCUGUGUCGCCAUCGCCAGAAUAUGGGACAUCAAGGAUCUGAAUAACUUCGUCGACGACAGAGAAUACCAGGAGAACUUGCCGCGGUACGACAGAGGCGUCAAGAGGCAAGACGUCGAUCAUGUUUUCUUGCGCUUUGGGAAACGACGUUAGAACCAGGCACGCACAUCAUAAUCCGCACCCCAUUCGCAAGCGAUAAACGAUUCGAGUUACUCCUUAAGUUUCCCUAUUCGAUCCGAUCGUCCCGUCGUCGACAGAGCGUUCGUGGCGCGAAAAUGUGAAAGGAAAACGGAAGGCAGAAGGAGCGAAGGAACCCGCAAUCACUCGCCGAAAGACGAUCGACUCUUAAUAUCGUUAGUGGUCUAAAAAUUUUCAUUCUCGCUGUGUCUAAACAGCGUUCAAGAGACCGAAUUGGUCCCCCUCGAGCGCCCUGAAACCCCCCCCCCCCCGGCGUGAAAGUAUAAGUGUAUAUCUUGUUAAAUAUGGAUUUUAAGCGUGUUAGCGCAAUUAGUUUUCCCUCUUUGUUCAACAAAAGCGAGAAGUUUAAAGGAUUUUAAUUAGCAAUUAAACGUAUAUUAAAUUGCAGCACCUAUUAACGGCCAACGUUCCAUUCGUGGAACACAAAAAUUUUAUAUUGCAAAAUAAUUUCGUUACAUAACAUAAUUAAUAUAAAUAAUUUCUCUCCGAAAACACACUUUAGCUAAUAUCCCGGCGCACGAAAGAGCACUAGUAACACAAUAAAAUCGUGUAACACUCGAAAAAAGAAGUAAGUAGGUAGUUACGAAAAUAAAAGAAAACGAAUCCCACGACAUUUUUCAUCCUUUUCGUUUGGUCUUUCUCCGAACACGAGUGUCAACUGCUAAAAUAUUAAACGCUCCUUGAAAAUUGAAGCGCUGUACACCUCACAUUCUACAUGUUGUCCUCAUCACAAAUGAAAAAGUGUCUCGCGAUGAUGUACAACGUUCCAAUCUACACUGUAUCACACUGUGGCUGUACCGAAUUUACUCGUCUAUUAAUUAAUCAAUUACUUAAUUGUUAAUGCACUACUUUAACUACUAGACUAUAGGACAGAUUGACAUCGCCAUUUUACAAAUGUAAGAACGUAGGAACGUUGCGCCGCAUCGAUUUUCACGCCGACUAAUGUUUCCAAUUAAUAGCUCUCAUCUUCGCGUCGCUUGCGAGAUAAUGAUCCUCUCCACGUGAAAGUAAAGAGUGGCGCACAAGACCUACGCGUGCGAUUUAUUUUAUAAAAUCAAAACAUUUUGCAAUGCGAUCGGGGACACGGGCAAUUAGUCUGAACGCAAGAUUCAAUUUAAUUAAAUUCAAUUUAUUUAAAUUAAUUCCUGGAACGUGUGUUAGAAGUAUCUUGAGCUCAUCUAUAUGCGCGCUCCUGCGUUUGCUGUUUAAUUUAAUUCCAUUUAUUCAAAUGAGGUUUGCUCGGCUUAUGCUUCGAUCUUACGUGCAAAACUAUUUCAAAAUUAAAAAGGGACAGAUUGGUGGAGUUAUAUUUUACAAAAGUUUAAAUGAAUUUUUUUCUCGAUAUCAAAACAUCCAAGUGGAACGGUCGCUAUAUUCGCAACUUUUCGAAUUUCUCGUUAAAUAUAUUAUCAGCGUUAAAUGUAAAAAGAAAAGCUGUUAAAAUAAAUUAUUCUCGAGCGGUGAAUACUUUCUCGACCGAAAAAUAUGAAAAGGUAUUUUUGGACUUUUUUGCUCCAUUUCCUCUCGUUGAAUACAUUAUCAGCAUGGGGAAAUAAAAAAAAUGUAUGAAAAUCAAUUAUUCUUGACCAACUGACGUUUCGUGACGUGACGCUAAGUGAAACUCUUAUUGGCGACUUGGGACAAAUUAGUUCUGAGUUAGAUAACGCUAUGUGUUUGCUCUGUCGGCGCCCUUGGAACAGCUUAUAUAUUUAUUACGGAAAAGAAUGGAGAUUCGAACUAAUGUUACACAACCGUUUGGACAAACAAACCUCCGAAUUAACGCUAGAACGUUAACCGGUGCCAUUUUGGCACCGCUAAUAACUUCAAUUUUUUCAAUUUCUUUUUGUAUUACACGGGAACAAUUUGAAAAUGUGCGAGUAUAAUAAUUCUAAUGAUACAAAUAAUAUCAAUAAUACAAAAAAAAAGAUUGAAAAGAAUUAAAAUUAUUACGGCGAUUCAGGUGCUAAAUGGAAGUUAACGAUAAUGACAAAUUAGAAAAUAGAGCUCAUAAUAUGCAAAUGCAAUCAAAGAUUAACAAUACGAGUCACCUUUCACAUAAAAGAAAGAAAUUUAUAAAUUGUUGAUUGAAUAAUCGUUAAUUUGGACAAACAUCUCGGACUUUCUUCAGUACAACGAGUAUUCUAUAAACCCGAAGUCAUAGCUCAUUUUGAAAAAAAAUUGUGUGGUCAUCAACAAACAAAUUUUUUUAUCUUGAAAAAUACAGAUCCAGUUUACAUAUAACGAGAAUGGACGAUCCGCAUUGUCUGUCGCGACGCGAUUCGGCUGUCGUAACCAAUUGAUCGCGAACCUAUUCGAAUUAUUUUCCCAACUGUCUCGCCAGACCAGUCGCCCCUGUCCCAAAGAGAUCGCACUGCUUCCAACGUCUCUACGUCUUACGUCGUCCGAUAUAUUCAUAACUCAUUAUGGAUGUGUUAUCAUUCACGGAACGAACGGUAAGAUACGGCCGAUGCGACGCGCACUAAAACGCGCGUACCUUGCGAGGUAAUAAUACAUAUUUAUUAUAUAUAACAGAUAAAAAAAUAUAUAUAUACACACGCAUAUAAAAUGAUUCUCUCAGAA